AAAACUCCAAAAUGAAAAGCAGUUCCUUUGCCCACUGUAGGCUACAGCUCCCAUGGGCUUUUCCCCUUCAGCACUAAAAGGAGGACCUUCCUUCAAUCCCCCUGCUUCUGAGACUACUGCUGGAACCUGUCUCCCUCCUGCACCUCCUCUCAUUUGAGCUCUCAGCCCUUUAUAGGAUCUGAACCCUUCUCAGUUGGGUCUGAUAAUUGAACCAGAUUGGCUGGCCCUUUAAAGGGGAUGGCCACCCUGUUGGUGUGGCUGUUGAGAAAUCAAACAUUCAGAAUUAGGAAAUUUCAAAAGCCAAGGUUCUCUCUGUAACUUUAUUUUAGUUACAUUACAAACUUUGUAUAUUUUGUGGCAUACAUUGCUAUCAAUAUAUUUAACAGGCAAAAAGAAAUAUGAAAUGCUACAACCGAUACUCCUGGGGGAAUUCUAUGCCAAAAAUUUAAAAUUCUGUGCACAAUAUUUUAAAAUUCUGCAUAUUUUAUAUGUCAAAAUAAUCAUGCCAAUUUCAAUUAUUUUGAUAAUUUAUUAAACUACAAUACAGUGGAUGGAGAAUGGGAGUGGAGAGCAUUGGAGGAAAUCCCAAGAUCCCCUUGUCUAAUAGUAAUAGUAGCUAGGUUUGACCCUUUAUUUCUAGUUAUUAGUCAACAAAUAUAUGCCACUAUAUGCUCAGUGUUAAUCCUGGGCAACUGAAGAGCAAAUAAGGGCUGGGGAAUCAAACUCACAGAAAGGUCAGUAAUAAACAGUGCAUGGAGCAUGUUUUGAAAGGAAAAAUUUUCAGUCCAAAAAUUUAGACCAGUUCUAAUCACUGAAGCACUGUAAGUAUUUAUAAGGCCAUACUGUCAUUUACAAUAAGGCUCCUUUACACCACUCUGGCCAUGUAAAGGGAGCCUUAAAACUUUUACACCUGUUCUAUGAUCUUGGGGGAAUUCACUAAGAAUGGGAACAAUUCACUAGGCAGGCUGCUACAUUAUGCUCUGCCUGCAGGAACAGAGCCUGCCUUAUGCCUGCCUCCAAAUACCCUGAAGCCCCUGCCCCUCCACACUGGGCGUGCAGCAAUAGCAAGACAGAGGGACAGUCUCUCUCAUUUGCUUGCUUGCAUGUCUGCUGAGCCUCGGUCCCCUGAUUGUGAUUGAUAUCUCCCCAUGCAUAGAAUCACAGAAUAUCAGGUUUGGAAGGGACCUCAGGAGAUCAUCUAGUCCAACCCCCUUCUCAAAGCAGGACCAGUCCCCAAUUUUUGUCCCAGAUCCCUAAAUGGCACCCUCAAGGAUUGAACUCACAACCCUGGGUUUAGCAGAUCAAUGCUCAGACUGAAAUUGUGUUGGGCCACAAAGCCAAACCACACAAAUCAAGGUGGGUAACAGAUGAAGUGUGCCAGUCAAGUGACAAGCGUAGGAAGCUGAAGGAUAAUAAAAAGGAGGAUGAAAGAUCUGAGUUCAAUAGAGAUAAAAUAGAAAGCAAAGAGACCCAAAAACAACUGGAUAAGCAAGCAGUGUAAAUAAGCUGAAGAAUAUGUGAAGAGAAAUUUGACGUGGGUUUUAUUGCAAGAUACGAGAACUAAUACAUCAGGUUUUUGAUAACUUGCUAUAAUCCUUUCUGCCAAAUGCUAUGAUAAUGUAUGGUGUUCCUGAAAAAUUCAUUACGGCAAGUCAGUGAGAGUGGUGGGAGUAGACAAACUGAUGGAAUGGUUCAGGACAACUGUAGGAGUGAAACAAGGAUGCACGCUAUUACCAGAUUUGUUCAGCUUGGUACUAGACCCAAUAAUGGCUGUAGCACUGAGAGGUGAAAUGGGAGAAGUCACAUUAUGGGGUAGGACAGUGCAUAAUCUGAAAUUCACAGAUGAUAUUGACCUCUCAGCAUUGACCAAGGAGGAUUUACAGAGAAUAAUGAUGAGGUAGACCAGGAAAGUAGAAAAUUUAGAUUGAAGAUCAGCGUGGAGAAGACAAAAAACAUGGCAUUUGGAAGAAAAGAGAAAGAGGUAAAGAUCAAACUCUGAGACAAAGACUAGAACAAGUGGAAAAAUGUGUGUACUUUGGAGGACUAGUAUUGAAGGAUGAAAAUGGUGAAAAUGACAUAAGAGGAGUCAGACUAGCUGCUAUUCCAUUUGGAAAAUUCAGCAAGUUCUGGAAGAAUAAAGACAUUUUGAGAAAAACAAAAAUUAGUGUAUAUGAGACAACUGUCAUGCCAAUAUGGCUAUAUGAGUUGGAAUGCUGGAAUAUGAGGAAAGGCAAUGAAUGGAAGAUUUUGGCUGGAGAAAUGAACUGGCUCAGGGGAUACUGAGAGUUUCAAGACUGCAGAAAAUAAAAAAUGGGAUAGGAAAUGGCUAGGGCAAGAAAUAACACUUACCGAAGAUUCAAGAAAGAUUACUGCAAUUGUUUGGAUAUGUGUCAAGAAUGGACACAGAAAUAAUGUCAUCCAGGGUGAUACAUACCAGAGUGCAAGGAACUAGAAAUAGAGGAAGACCGAGGAUGAUUUGAAUGUCAUUGAAGAAUGGCAUAGAACAAAAAGGUUUAAAGAUUAAUGAAACUGGCACAAGAUAGAAAGUGACGGACAGACUUCAUUUGGCCCCAUCAUCGCUUUUGUGCUGAUGGGUGGGAAUUAAAGAUGAAGACAAUGACCAGAUGUUACAUCUGGCAUCUGAGAUGCCACCAUUAUUUCCAAUUCAAAGCAUAGGGCAAUCUGUGGUAUCUCAGAUCCCAAGGUGUGGUAUCUGUUGGAAAAUAUUUAUUUUUAUGGCAACCACUGUACUUCUGACUGGCCACAUGAGUGCUGAUUUGGUUUCCAUGAGCAGAUGUGGUGCUUCCACACACAGAUUAGGAACACACAAUUGUACAUGCCCGUCUUUGAAAAUCAGGCUCUAAUCUCCAUUCCCAUCUGCAAAAUGAGAAUAAAUAAUAUCUACCUUGCAGAGGUGCUGUGAGUCUAUCAAAAUGCCUUUAGAUCCUUGGACACAGAGAGUAGUCUUACUGCCUUUGCCCUUGUCUUUCCCUUUCCUCAUCCUCUCCCUGUGGUAUUCUGGCCUUAAUUUAGAUUCUGAGCUCUUCUGGGGAGGGGAACCCAUCUUUGUUCUGUAAAGUGCCAUGUAAAUAAUAAAAAAAUGGGGGAAAGCUUUUUUUUGCAAAGGGAUACAUUCUAUCUUUGUUUUAAAUUUGUAUUAAAAAGUACUGAAGGAUUUGACCAAAGCUAAAUUUACAUAGUUGCUUGUCCACCUUUACAACAAUGGAUAAUUCUGCUUUACAAAGCUUGGAUCCAGAUCUUGAUUCGGGUUCCAACUUCCCCUUAGCCGGGAAGGAUUUGGAUUAGCUGUUUGAGUAUUUUAAGAAGUAAAGGUGUCACACAGCGCAGCCGUUCCCAUUUGCUAUGUUUGCAUGCAAAGACUCCAGUGAGGUUGUUUGAAGACACUUUUUGCUUCCAGUCUGGUCAUGCUGUGCUGAUGAUCACACUCCACAGAGAAUUUUUCCUCUACUAUGAACUGAUUUUUCAUACAGCGGAAGAAGUGGAGAUAUAUGGACCUGUCCUGAGUUUUGAAGCUCGUUCUUCAAGCAUGCCUCUGAUUGUUGAUUUACUAGACAGCAAGGAGUUGCUGGAGACUUGCACUGAUGAAGCAACAGGCCUGAUUGUUGCUAGUUUGACAGCAGGAGUUCCAGAAGAGGCCGAUCUUAGCUUUGUUCCUCCUGGCACAAAGGAGACAGCUGCUGAAAAAACAGAUCCUGCUGCAUUUGAAGACACGUUGAAACUGAAACAUCUGGAGACAGAACCGAGCCCGAUGUCAGCGCCCCGUUCUAACAUAAACGUCAAUAUUAAUAAACAGGAUGAGGUGGUGAAGCUGACAGAUAAGUGUCUUAAUAACGCAAUUGAGAGCCCAGUAACAACAUCACAGCGUCUUCCUGCAGACAUAAAGAGCAACAUCCUGAAGGCCCAGGCAGAGGCAGUGCCCAAGAUCACGAGAGAGGAUAGCAUGUCGGACAACAAGAACUCCAAUAUUCACGAUGCCACUGCCAGGAGCAUCCUGAUCUCAGGAAAAGCACAGAGCAGCCUGUUGGCAACCAAUCCACUAUUUCAGAAAUCAAGAGAGGUGCUGAAAGAAAUCUCUGCCUCAAAUGUCUUCCUUCCUAAUGCAUUAGAAGAGGAUAAUGCCAUCUCUGGCCCUGAAGAAUCACUGAUUCCAGCUAUUCUGGCUCCAGCAGAAGAGACUGCAGUUUUAAAGAGUCAUCCAGAUGACCUUGAUGUUUUGUUAACAUCACUGACAGAGAAUCUAAUUGACUUUACAGAAACCAUUCCUCGGGUAUCUUCGCCGCCCACAAUUACACCCAGGUGGAUCGUGCCAAGUGGGCUGGUUUCCAAUGGGCCUUUGGGGAAUGAUGUUGUUUUAGCUCUAAAGGCAGUGAAAGGCAGCACUGAAGCAUUGUCACUCCCAGCUGGAUCUCCAUCAUCACAGCAGUCAGCUGAAAUUCUUGCAAGGGCAUGUCUAUACUUACCGGGGAUCGAUGCUGCUGCAAUUGAUACACUGGGGGUUGAUUUAGCAGGUCUAGUGAAUACCCACUAAAUCGACCACAGAUCACUCUCCUGUCAACUCCGGUACUCCACCGGAAGGAGAAGCAUAAGACUUUGUAGCCAGUAAGUCUGCUGUUGUGAAAAGUGGUACUUGUAUGUUAAUAUAACUUUUCACAGCUUCCCAGCUAGCUACUAACUCUGCUGUGAAAAGUGAUAUUAGCUCCAACCCCUCAGACAGAGACAAACACCUACAAGAUCUCUAUCAAGCAUUCUUACAACUACAGUACCCACCUGCGGAAGUGAAGGAACAGAUUGAUAGAGCCAGAAGAGUUCCCAGAAGUCAUCUACUACAGGACAGGCCUAACAAAGAAAAUAACAACACCACCAGCCGUCACCUUCAGCCCCCAACUAAAACCCCUCCAACGCAUUAUCAAGGAUCUACAACCUAUCCUGAAGGAUGACCCAACACUCUCACAAAUCUUGGGAGACAGGCCAGUCCUUGCCUACAGACAGCCCCCCAACCUGAAGCGAAUACUCACCAGCAACCACAUACCACACAACAGAACCACUAACCCAGGAACCUAUCCUUGCAACAAACCCAGGAACCUAUCCUUGCAACAAAGCCCGUUGCCAACUGUGCCCACAUAUCUAUUCAGGGGACACCAUCACAGGGCCUAAUAACAUCAGCCACACUAUCAGAGGCUCGUUCACCUGCACAUCCACCAAUGUGAUAUAUGCCAUCAUGUGCCAGCAAUGCCCCUCUGCCAUGUACAUUGGUCAAACUGGACAGUCUCUACGUAAAAGAAUAAAUGGACACAAAUCAGAUGUCAAGAAUUAUAACAUUCAAAAACCAGUUGGAGAACACUUCAAUCUCUCUGGUCACUCGAUUUCUGAUCUCAAAGUGACUAUCCUUCAACAAAAAAACUUCAAAAACAGACUCCAACGAGAGACUGCUGAAUUGGAAUUAAUUUGCAAAUUGGAUACAAUUAACUUAGGCUUGACUAGAGACUGGGAAUGGUUGAGUUAUUAUAAAAAGUAACCUAUUUUCCCUUGUUUAUUCCUCCCCCCUCCCACAGUUCCUCAGACAUUCUUGUUAAACCCUGGAUUUGUGCUGGAAAUGGCCCACCUUGAUUAUCAUACACAUUGUAAGGAGAGUGAUCACUUUAGAUAAGCUAUUACCAACAGGAGAGUAGGGUGGGGGGAGAGAAAACCUUUUGUAGUGAUAAACACUCAUUUUUUCAUGGUUUGUGUGUAUAAAAACAUCUUCUGUAUUUUCCACAGUAUGCAUCCAAUGAAGUGAGCUGUAGCUCACGAAAGCUUAUGCUCAAAUAAAUUGGUUAGUCUUUAAGGUGCCACAAGUACUCCUUUUCUUUAUACAAAUAUCAGAUUUUCACAGUAGAUUUGCUCAGCCCCAGCAAGCCUGGGGACA